AUAAUAAUAAUAAUUUCUCUCUUUUGCUGCUUCGCUUCUUCCAGUUGAUAGAGAGAAGAGUAAUUAGGGUUUUUGGUGGAUGCUUCGAAUUCAUCAAUCAGAUCCCUCUUUUCUGCUCAAACCUUCACAUAUCGAUCUCGUAAGCUUCUUUCCUCCUUCUCUCUUUACUUGUUGUUGCAAAUCAAUCAAAUCUUCGGUGGUAUAUAGAGAUUUAAACUCUAUAUUUCUAGAUUUACUGUAUUCGAUUUGUUAUGGCUUCUGGUGGGAAUCAAAAUCAAGUUGGUAUAACAUUAGAUAUGCAGAAGUUAUUCAAAAACCCUUCAGGUUCAUCACCGAACCCUAAUAAUCAAAAUCCACCAUUACCAUACCCACAACAAUCUUCUUAUCCUGCACCGCCACCAGCUUCUUAUCCUCCGCCUACUUUCGCAUACCCUCCUCAAACUUCACCGUACCAUCAUCAACUGCAGCAACAGCAGCAGCAAUACUAUCCUUACCCGCAAGACCAACAACAACAAAUCAUGGCCAACGUUCACCAUCAAAGACCUAUUUCUUAUUCUGUACCACCUCCGCCUCCAUUACAAUCUCCUUCUCAUGGUUCCAAUCCAAACCCUAACUCUAGUGCUAGAAUAAUGGCUUUGUUAGGUUCAAAUCCGGCUUCCAAUGUUGAAUUGCCGUCUUCAACUUCAAUUCCUCCACCACCUUCUUCAGCACCAUCACCAUCAUCAUCAGUAACUUCUGAAUAUAUGAUGCCUUUGAAUCCACCAAUUAUUCCGUCUGCAACACCUGUUAACAUGGCCAUCUCGCCAUCAUCUCCUGCACGAUUGCCUAGUAGGAAACCUCCCAAAGGGAGGCAUUUGAUUGGGGAUCAUGUUGUUUAUGACGUUAGUGUUAGGUUUCCUGGUGAGGUACAACCUCAGCUUGAAGUCACACCAAUUACCAAGUAUGGUUCAGAUCCUGGGCUUGUUGUGGGUCGGCAGAUUGCGGUUAGUAGGACAUAUAUAUGUUAUGGAUUAAAGAUGGGGAAUAUUCGGGUUCUCAACAUAAAUACUGCUUCAAGAGCUUUGCUUCGUGGACACACGCAGAGGGUGACAGACAUGGCUUUCUUUGCUGAAGAUGUGCAUCUUUUGGCUAGUGCAAGCAUAGAUGGAAGGGUUUUUGUAUGGAAGAUUAACGAAGGUACUGAUGAAGAAAAUAAGCCACAAAUAACAUGGAAACUUGUCACUGCCAUCCAGAUAAUGGGCGAGGGGGAAUCAGUUCAUCCACGAGUUUGCUGGCACUCCCAUAAACAAGAGGUUUUGGUUGUUGCAAUUGGUAAGCAUAUCCUAAAAAUAGAUACAACUAGAGUUGGAAAGGGUCAAACAAUUUCGUCCGACGAACCUCUCAAGUGUCCUGUUGAAAAAUUGCUGGAUGGUGUCCAAUUGGUCGGUAAACAUGAAACUGAAGUAACUGACUUAUCAAUGUGUCAGUGGAUGACAACUCGUCUAGCUUCAGCAUCAACAGAUGGCAUGGUAAAAAUAUGGGAAGAUCGUAAGCCAUCACCCCUUGCCGUAUUUAAGCCUCAUGAUGGUCAACCUGUUAAUUCGGUUACUUUCUUGACCUCACCUCACCGUCCAGAUCACAUUAUUCUUAUCACAGCGGGGCCACUUAAUCGGGAAGUUAAAAUGUGGUCCUCAGCAAGUGAUGAAGGCUGGCUGCUGCCUAGUGAUGCCGAGUCUUGGCAGUGUACCCAGACUCUGGAUUUGAGGAGUUCGGCUGAACCCCGAGUUGAUGAUGCAUUUUUCAAUCAAGUUAUAGCAUUGCCCCGUGCAGGGCUUAUUUUACUUGCAAAUGCGAAAAAAAAUGCGAUAUAUGCUGUGCAUGUUGAAUAUGGUCCUUAUCCAGCAGCAACUCGUAUGGAUUACAUAGCAGAGUUUACUGUGACAAUGCCAAUACUGAGUCUUACUGGAACAAGUGACACCUUACCUGAUGGGGACCAUGCGGUUCAAGUGUACUGUGUUCAAACACAGGCUAUCCAACAAUAUGCUUUGGAGCUGUCUCAAUGCUUACCACCACCAAUGGAAAAUAUGGGAUUAGAGAAGACAGACUCCAAUGUUACUCGAACAUUUGAAGCUUCUUCUUCAGAUGGACUUGCUACUUUUGAGGCAUCCCAGGGAAGUGGACAUACAAAUACACCAGCAACAAAUCCCGCUUUACUAUCAACUAGUCCUGAGACUGUACCAGCAGCUAGAUACCAAAUAAAUUCUGGAAGUUCUGAUUCUAGGUUGCACGAAUUGGUUACUUCGGGUAUGGAAUCUAAGCAAAUUCUUUUGCCAACAACUUCAGUUGGUGAUGGUGGUCGCCUUGAAUCCCGUCCUUUGAGUCCAAGGUUGUCCAGGAACCUAUCUGGUUUCAGAAGUCCAUCAAACAGCUUUGAGCCAGGUUCCCCGCGUAGUGAUCGUGGUGUUGACCAAUCAGUACUUGAUUAUGUUGACAGGAGAGUAGAUAUUCCUCCAAACAUGGCAGAUGUUGCUUCCUCAAAUGAUAGCACCAGAAAGAGUGGAAACAUGGUUCCGCAAACGGAAAUUUCUAUGGCACCAAAUCCCCCUGUUGCGUUCAAGCACCCUACUCAUCUGAUAACCCCGGCAGAAAUAUUGUCUAGGGCAGUUUCAUCCUCCGAGACUUCUCAGUUUUCUCAGGAUUCAAAAGCAGUAGAAGCUAAGAUCCAAGAUGUGGCUGUCAGCAAUGAUGUGGAAAAUGUUGAAGUGGAGGUUAAAGUGGUGGGUGAAAAUGGAUCAAAUCAGCGUGAUAUUGCUGACUAUCAGAGGGAAUCCUAUACUCCUGAGAGGAAAGAGAAAUAUUUUUGUUCACAGGCUUCAGAUCUUAGUGUUGAUAUGGCCAGAGAAACUGGAUCUCUUAACCACGAGUCUCGGCAAGAUGCUGCUGUUACCGAGUCAAUGGACCGGCCUGCAAAUCCCUCUCAAGAAGAUGCCCAAGACUCUUCAGAAACUUUGUCCCGGAAGGAUUCUGAGUCGGCCAUAUUGGCAUCAGUUCCACAGUCCCCUUCCUUGGCGACAAAAGGGAAGAAACAGAAGGGGAAGAGCUCUAAUGUAACUGGUCCAUCAUCUGCUUCUCCAAGCCCGUUUAAUUCUGCAGAUUCUUUGGAUGUUCCAGGAAGCAGUAUGAUUGUACCCUCUAUGGAUACUGCACAGAUUAUGUCUUUUCAGGAGUCAUUUAAUCAGUUUAUGACCAUGCAAAAAGAUAUGCAGAAGCAGAUGGCGGCAACCAUAUCUGUCCAGGUUACUAAAGAAUGCAAAAGAAUAGAAACCUCUCUAGGCAAACAAAUGGAGAGAACCAGCAAAGCUAAUGUUGAUGCUGUAUGGGCACGGCUUCAAGAAGAGGUUGCAAAGAAUGAGAAAUCAGAACGAGAACGUAUGCAGCAGAUAACAAGUGUGAUUACAAACGGUAAUAAGGAGCUGCCUAUCAUAUUAGAGAAGUUGUUGAAGAAAGAAGUCGCUUCUUUAGGGCAAUCCCUGGCCCGUUUAAUUGCUCCAGCUUUGGAAAAAUCCAUUUCCUCAGCCAUUAUGGAGUCAUUCCAGAGGGGGGUUGGGGACAAGGCAGUGAAUCAGUUGGAGAAGUCAGUUUAUACAAAACUAGAAGCUACUGUCUCAAGACAAAUUCAAGCACAGUUCCAAACUUCUGGCAAACAAGUUAUUCAGGACUCGUUAAGGUCUAGCUUGGAAGCUUCUGUUGUUCCUGCAUUCGAGAUGUCAUGCAAAGCCAUGUUUGAGCAAGUUGAUGCUGCAUUUCAGAAAGGGAUGUCUGAGCAUACAUCUGCUGCACAACAGCAAUUAGAGUCCACACAUUCUCCUUUAGCACUUCAGCUGAGGGAUGCAAUUAAUUCUGCAACAUCAUUGACUCAAACCCUUAAUAAGGAAUUGGCUGAAGGGCAGCGGAACAUUUUGGCUCUUGCUGCUGCAAGUGCAAACUCAAAUGCAGUGAAUCCCUUGGUAACGCAGUUAAGCAAUGGACCUAUGAUUGGUCUUCAUGAGAUGGUUGAGGCACAACUGGAUCCAACCAAGGAGCUAUCCAGAUUGAUAUCUGAGAAAAAGUUUGAAGAAGCAUUCACUGGAGCUCUGCAAAGAAGUGAUGUUUCAAUUGUAUCUUGGCUGUGCUCCCAGGUUGAUUUACAGGGUAUAUUGUCAAUGAAUCCUCUUCCUCUGAGCCAAGGAGUUCUGCUUGCUCUACUUCAGCAGUUGGCCUGUGAUAUCACCAAGGAGCCAAGCCGUAAGGUGGCAUGGAUGAGGGAUGUAGCUGUUGCGGUAAACCCUGCAGAUCCAGUGAUCGCUAUGCAUGUCAGGCCUAUUUUCGAGCAGGUGUAUCAGAUAUUAAGCCACCACCGCACCCUACCUACCACAACUGCAGCAGAUGCUAGCAACACCCGUCUUGUCAUGCACGUUAUAAACUCAAUGUUAAUGAGCUGUAAAUGAUUCAUGUUAUUUCAGUAUAAAUUGUGUGCAGAAUUAUGAUAGUGGAGACUUUUGGUUGUAUAGAGAAAAGGGAAGAAAAGAGACUAAAAAUAGGAACUAGAAAUGGAGGGUUCAUUAGUGGGUGCUGUAAAGUAGGUUAGUUGAACUUGGCCAAGAGUUGGUUGGUUUCUUUCUUUCUUUUUGGAUUAAUGUUUUAGUUGCACUGAUAUUUUUGUUAUGUUUCUUUCUGGUUUUCAUCGGAAUGGGCUUGUUGGUGUGAUUGGUUCAGUUUAGCAGUUGAGGUCAUGUGUAUACUUGAGAAAGAAUACUCAAGAAAAAUUUUCUUCCUAGAUUAUUAGUGUUAAUGAUAUUUCAUAUACGCA